AUGUAUCAAGCAAGCAAUGUCUAUUUCAUUUGCUCGUUCGCUGCCAUCGGUGGUGGGCUCUUCGGUUUUGACAUAUCUAGUAUGUCUGGCGUUUUGGGAACAGCUGCGUACAAACGGUACUUUGGCGGUCCCAAGUCGUAUCGACAGGGCGGAAUUACCUGCGCAAUGCCAUUUGGGUCAUUAGUAGGAGCUCUUGCCUCAUCUUAUAUCGCGGACAGAUACUCGCGUAGAUCCAGUAUUCAGAUUGCAUCUAUCUUCUGGGUCGUUGGUUCGAUCAUUCAAUGCGCUUCAGUCAAUAUCGGUAUGUUGGUUGUUGGUCGCGUCAUAGCCGGAAUCUGCGUUGGCAUCGCUUCUUCUAUCUGUCCAGUCUACCAAGCAGAAAUUGCACCCAAAGAGAUCCGUGGUCGAGUCGUUUCCCUACAACAAUGGGCCAUAACUUGGGGUAUCUUGAUUCAGUACUUCAUUCAGUACGGCGCUUCAUGGGUAGGCGGAGGACCUGAGAAUCCAAGCCAACCGACUUCUGCCUUCCGCAUUCCGUGGGGAGUCCAAAUCGUGCCAGCGGUGAUUCUAUUCUUUGGCAUGUUCUUCCUGCCAAAAUCUCCUCGUUGGCUUGCUUCGAAGGACCGCUGGGAAGAAGCUAUCCAGGUUAUGGCUGCGCUCCAUGGUGGCGGAGAUGUCAAUCAUCCAAAAGUCUUAGCUGAGUAUCAGGAAAUCGAAGAGGCUUUGCGCUUUGAGCGUGAAGAAGCAGUGAACAGUUACAAGCAGCUGGUUGCUCCCCGAAUGUUGAAGCGCGUCCUUCUAGGCAUGUCGAUUCAGAUGUGGAGUCAAUUGUGUGGAAUGAACGUCAUGAUGUAUUAUGUCGUAUAUAUCAUGGAGGGCGCCAAUAUCGCUUCACCACUUCUUACCGCCUCAAUCCAAUACAUUCUCAACGUAGCACUGACCCUACCCGCAAUCCUAUACCUCGAUAAGUUCGGUCGUCGACCAGCUAUGCUUAUCGGUUCCUUCCUCAUGAUGUCUUACCUCUUCGUCGUCGGUGCUCUCCAAGCUUCAUAUGGAGUUCCUAAUGUCGGAGACCUCAAAGACUCUACCAAUUCUGACAUUUCUUGGAUUAUUCACGACAACAAACCCGUUUCAAAAGCUAUCGUAGCGAUGACCUACCUCUUUGUUUGUACUUUUGCUACGACCUGGGGUCCUACAUCCUGGACUUAUCCGUCUGAGAUAUUCCCGACUAAGAUUCGAGCGAAAGCUGUUUCUCUGGCUACUGCUUCUAACUGGUUCUGGAAUUGCAUCCUCGCAUUCGCAGUCCCACCCCUCCUCUGGAACAUAAACUGGAAAAUGUACAUGAUCUUCGCAACGUUCAACGGCGCAGCCUUCAUCCACAUGUUCCUCACCGCACCCGAGACCAAAGGCAAGACCCUAGAAGAAAUGGACGAGGUCUUCGACAGCGGUCUCCCGGCUUGGAAAGCUGUGCCCAAGGGCUCGAGACUGGAUCAGUUGCAGAAGGAUAUUGAGGCUGGGAAUGUUAAGAUUCAUCAUCCUAUUGGCGGAAUGAGGGAGAGUGAGAAGGGGGCUGUGGAGGUUAGGGCGGAGCAUAGGGAGGAAGAGCAGGUUUAA